UAGCUCCGCCCCGCCUCGCCCGCGCCUUCCGGGAGCCGCCGGCGCUUGCGCGGGGUGCGGUGUGGGUGCGAGCGCGGCGAUGGCUGUCCGCUGGCUGCUGUGGCUGCAGGGCUUGGCGCUGGUGUGGGGUCAGUUCAUCGCCACGACCCCGCCAGCACCGGCGCGGGCCUGCUCGGAGCUCUCUCGGAGUUCCUGUGAGGAAUGCCUGCAGAACGUUUCGUGCCUGUGGUGUUACACCAACAAGACCUGUGUGGAUUAUCCUGUGAGGAGUGUCCUGCCGCCAGCUUCCCUCUGCUCCCUCUCCAGGGCUCGCUGGGGGUCCUGCUGGAUGAACUUCGAGGCUUUGAUCAUUGCAGUAGCUGUAGUCGCUGGGCUGCUUCUGGUGUCUGCAGCAGCCUGCUGCUCCUACUGCUGCUACUGCAGGAGAUGUGCCAAGAGCAGCAGCCCAGACGAGGAUGAGGAACGACUGGCUCGGAAGAGAGAGGAGCGCAGGCUGCAGGCUCUUCAGAGGAAGCGCGAGAGGAGGGUGAAGCACGAUGAGAUACGCAAGAAGUACGGCCUGCUGCAGGACUCCGACAACCCCUACAGCAGAUUUGAGAACGAGUAGAGCUGAGCACCUUCUGCUGGACUGUCCCUCCAGAAUGCAGCAGGAUGGUUUGUGUCCACUUGCCCCUUGGGCUGUUCUCUCCACACAGCCGUGGGGCUUCCCUGAGUUGUGAGAGCAGGAGUGCAGAAAGCCUCUAUGCAGUCCAUACUUCUGUCCUGUUCUACCUACCUAUGGCUAAUUUUUGUGUCAGUGCUUUGCUGGUUGGCACCUUUGAUCCUCGUGGUCACACUGAAGUGUGGGAUACCCUUUUCUCCUCUAGAAACUGAUUUGUUACCUAAUGUAGAGGUUGAGGCUCAGAAACACUUGAACUCAGUCUGAACUGCUGCUGAAGUUGUUCCACCUUCACAACCAGGGAGUCAGUGUUUGUUCCUACUGCAUUUGUGUGUGUAACAACUGGAGCAUCAGCAAGAGGCUGACGUUGGCAUUGAUGAGAACAUUCAACAGCCACCUCCUCAGCUGACAGCAGGGUGGAGAUUUAUCCCUCUCGGAGAGCAGAUCAGGCAGUGUCCUGCCUGAGGACCGACGGAUGUCAGUAACGCGGCCCAGCCCCUGCAGCUGCAUCAUCACUGAUGUCACAAGUGACUCAUUCAGCCAACACUGGCAGAAGGUUGUUCCUGAGCUGGGCAGAGUUGUGUGUGCCUCACCUUCAGAAGAAGCAGCAGGUCCUGGCAGCUCUUCCUGCUCCAACCUUUGUCUAGAAUGAGCCAAAAAAGGCUGCUGGGGUUCUGCAUUUUGCCAGGGCUGACCAUGGCCAGCAGCUCAGCACUACCCAGAGCUGGUCCCUCACCUCCAGUGGGAUGAGGGAGUGAAGGGGAAGAGCAGAAGUGAGAAGAUUCUUGGGCUGAGCUCAGGCAGGAGCAGGGGGCAAUCCCCAGCUCACAGCAGCAGCCCUCUGCCUACCCUGCAUGCUGCAUGGCCUGGAAGCUCAGGUCACUUUGAUCACUUCCAGCUGUCCCAGCUCUGUCACCUCCCAGCUUCUUCAUGAGUCUAUGAUUCUUGCCCCCCUCCCCAGCCUAGGGAAGAGCUUGGUGCUGUGUGAGCAUUGCUCAGCACAAGCCAAAAGCACUGUGAGUGCUGCUCCAGCCCCAAACCUGAAGCAGAGCAGCCUACAGGCAGUUCUGAAGAGAGGAGCCUGCACCCCAGCCCCUCCCAGUGUUUGUGAAAAAGGAGACACCACAGCCUCUCUGGGCAGCCUGCUCCAGGCUCUAGCCCCCUCACACCAAAAACGUUUCUCCUUAAGCUCAAGUGACACCUCCUGGGUUCCAGUCUGUGCCCAUUGCCCCUUGUCCUGCCCUUGGGCACCACUGACAAGAGCCCAGUCCCAGCCUCUUGGCCCCCAGCCUUCAGCUCUUGCUGAGCAUUGCUCAGCUCCCCUCUAGGGCUGCUCUGCUCUAGGCUCAUCCUUUGCUCCUCACAGAGCUGCUCCAGGCCCCUCAGCACCAUCACAGCCCUCCAGCAGUUCCCAGUCGCUCUUGAGCUGGGGAGCUGAGAACUGGACUCAGUACUCUAGGUGUGGCCUCAGCAGGUCGGAAUAGAGCCAGAGGAGAUCCUCCCUCAGCUUGCUGGCCACACUUGCUGGUGCAGCCUGGGAGGACGCUGGCUUGGCAGUGCAGGCUGCUGCUGGCCUUGUGUUCCUGUGCCUCUGCAGAGCUGCAGCAGGCUCCUGUGCUGUGGCCUGUGCUGGGCAGUGCUGCAGGUGCCCUUCUGACCAGCACUGCCCAAUAAACUCUGCAGCCGUG